AUGUUUCCGAAUCUUGGAGAAGUACGGGAUGAAGCUGAACCCCGCAAAAUGCACAUUCGCCGUUACCUCGGGAGAAUUCCUCGGUAUGUUGUGACCCAACGCGGGAUAGAGGCAAACCCGAAGCAGAUCUCGGCGAUCCUCGACCUCCCAUCGCCGACAUCCUCCAAAGAAAUCCAAAGACUCACCGGACGUAUCGCCGCAUUGAACAGAUUCAUCUCGCGCUCAACCGACAAGUGUCUCCCCUUCUACCAAUUGCUUCGAUCAAACAAGAAGUUCGAGUGGGACAAAAAAUGCGAAGACGCUUUCAAACAAUUGAAAGAGUAUCUCACUACCCCACCAAUUCUCGCAAAACCCGAAGAAGGCGAGACCCUACUCUUAUAUAUCGCAAUAUCAAGCACGGCGGUAAGCGGAGUCCUCGUCCGAGAAGAUCGAGGAGAGCAGCAGCCAGUCUUCUAUGUCAGCAAAACCCUCAAUGAUGCCGAGACGCGAUACCCAACCCUAGAAAAACUGGCGCUCGCAGUAGUCAUAUCGGCACGAAAACUCAGGCCAUACUUUCAAUCACACUCCAUCGUCGUCUUUACCAGCCAACCACUACGCCAAAUCCUUCACGGCCCCAACCAAUCCGGAAGAAUGGCAAGAUGGGCAAUCGAACUAUCGGAAUACGAUAUUGAGUUCAAAAGCCGGACGAGCGCCAAGUCACAAGUCCUAGCCGACUUCAUCGUAGAAAUCCCACCAGAGCUCGCAACUCAAGAGGACGAGCAAAUCCUCAAAUGGACACUGCAUGUCGACGGAUCGUCCUCCAGGCAAGGAGCAGGCGUCGGCAUCCGCCUCGUCUCCCCGACAGGCGAGAUUCUCGAGCAAUCGAUCAAACUCGGUUUCCCAGCGUCCAACAACGAAGCCGAAUACGAAGCGAUUAUUGCCGGACUUCGUCUCGCCGAAGCAGUCGGAGCAGAACACGUUCGUGCGUUCUGUGACUCUCAGCUCGUCGCUAAACAAUUCAGCGGUGACUACGACACGAAAGACGAUCGCAUGGAUGCGUAUCUCAAACAAACGCAAAGACUUGCCAAAGCAUUCAAGACGUUCGAGUUGACAAAGAUCCCCCGUUCCGAGAAUUCCGAAGCCGACGCACUCGCAGCCUUGGCGUCAAAAACCGAAUCAGCACUGCGACGGGUCAUCCCGGUCGAAACCAUCGACGAACCAAGCAUCAAACUCCCCAAGGGAACCGUCGUCAUGGCAAUCUCACAAGAAGAAGAAGAAGACGAAAACCUCACUGAUGACGAGUCAGCAGAACACAAAUCAUGGCAGGAUGAAAUCAGAAAUUACCUCAUCAACGACGCCGUGCCAGAGGAGCGAUGGGCGGCCCGCCGCCUCCGACGAAAAGCAGCUUACUACUUCUUACGCAACAACGAGCUUUUUCGCUGGAGCGCAAACAAAGUCAUCCUGCGAUGCUGCGACGAAGCACAAGCUAAGAGCAUCAUGGUCGAGACCCACGAGGGAGCAUCAGGAAACCACGCCGGCGGAAGAUCACUCGCUUUAAAAAUUAAGAAGAUCGGAUACUUCUGGCCAACGAUGAUCGGCGAUUGCAUAAACGUCGCCGCCAAAUGCGUCCCCUGCCAAAGAUACGCACCGGCGAUCAACGCCCCAACGCAAGCACUUCAAGCUGCGAUCCCGGCAUACCCCUUUAUGCGCUGGGGAAUGGAUAUCGUCGGCCCCAUGCCACGCUCACGGCAAUGCGCUUACCUCUUGGUCGUCACCGACUACUUUACUAAGUGGGUAGAAGAGGAGAAAUUAGUACAUUUCCCUGAGCCCGUCAUCAUUAGUAAAGUCACAAAGCCCAAUCCGAUUUUAGGCCUAACAUCUUCAAGAAAAAGGCAAGACUUGAAGAGAAAGGCGCAAUCCAUGGAGAAAUGUAAAUAA